UAAUCCUGGCAUACGCAGAUGCAAAAUUCUCAAACAAAAAGAAAAAGAGUUUCUCACAGUUCAUCUCCAUAGGGCUAUGAUUCGCAAAUUCUCCGGAGAACAUUCUCCUUCCUGCUGAGCGGAGAUUUCUUUUUCUAUUUCUAAAGAAAUGGAUUACACGGCCGAGCAGCAGCAGCAAUACCAGAACCAGGCCCAGCAGCAGUACCAGAAUCAGGCACACGAAUACGAUCAUUCUCAAUACCAUCAUCAGCACUACGCCCACGCCAAUCAACAACAGCAAUACCCUUAUUACCCACCUCGAGAUUCUUAUUCCCAACAACAAUACUCCCCCUUUUAUCAAGAAGUCGCUCCCAUUCACCCUCCCGGCGUCCCCUUGGUCCACCCCACUCAGCCCCCCGUUUAUUACCACCCAUCUCAGCCUCUUGUCAACCCUCAACAUCAGCAGGGAGUUCCUGUUUCGGGCUCCGAUUCCUCCGUUUUGGCAGCGAAUUAUGUGGGGAAUGUGGGUUUGGCUCGGAGGGAUAAUCGGCCUCGUCAGAUGCAAUCUGCAUAUAGGGGUGGAAGAAGGGGUAAAAGGCCUUCUAGAGGGGACAGAUUGGGUCAUGCUGGUCAUGGCCAUAAUGACAUUCAGCAUUCUCCAAAUCUUGUGGCUCCAAAUGGAGCAGCUGCUGCAAUGCUACCUUCAGCAUCAGUUCCUGGUCAUGCAACAUUAACAUCUCAAGUGCCACCUGCUCCACUCCGGCCACCUCCACGUAUGGCUUGGUGUGAACUUUGUAGGGUUGAUUGCAAUAGACCAGAAAUCCUGGAGCAGCACAAGAAUGGAAAGCGUCAUAAGAAAAACUUGCAGGCACGAGAAGAGUUGCAGAAGCGGAACAAAGUCAUAUCUGGACAGCAAAGUAUGCAAGUGCCUAAUAUGGGAUCCGAGGUAAAACAACAGCAACUGUAUACAGUUCCGUCCUUGGCUUCCACUAAUGACAAUAAGAUAGAAAUUGAGCAGCAGCAGGACAUUGCAAAUAAACCUGAAGCAUCAACAACUGGUCCUGCAGAAACUAAGACGAAUUUAAUGAAUCCCUCUGAAGCUCGUAGUCGUGUUUUGAAGCGUAAGAUGAGAGGGGGACGAGGGGGUAAAUAUAUGAAAAGAAAUGAAGGAUCUAGAUCAUUUGAGCCUCCAAAACCAAAGAUUGUUAUUCCUUUUAUGUGUGAAUUGUGCAAUGUCAAGUGUGAAUCCCAGGUGGUUUUUAACAGUCAUCUGGCCGGCAAAAAGCAUAUUGCAAAUAUGAAGAGGUUUCACGGGCAUCGAGCUUUAUAUGGAGAAGCAGGUCUUCAAGCACUUUAUCCACCUAAUAUUAAUGAUCCACCGCCUCCUUUGAUCCCUCCAAUUCAACAAGGUGUUACUGACCCACAAGUUGCUUUAGCUCAGCUAUUGACUUGUGUCCUUAUCCAAGCCCAAGCUCAAGUCCCGGGGAUGGCAGCCCCUCUGGUAUCUCUACCACUAGCAGCAUUGGAGUCAGCACAAACACAAUUAUUGAGUUCUGGAAACCAGUACAGCCAUGAGAUUCCUCAAGGUUCAUUAGCCACAUCAGAAGUGAGGAAUGGAUUGGCUACAAUGGCAGAAGCUGAAACUUGGCGACAACAUAAUGCAGCCAAGUCUGAAGCCUCACCAGCUGCGGGAGAUAACAAAGCAAAUAGUCAAGCAUCACAGUCUGAAAAGAAUGAAGUGAGUCGGCAACAAUCUUUCACUGCUAAGUCUGAAGCGCCAACAACUGUAGGAACUGAUGUUAAGGAGGAGAAUGGAGCUUUAGAUAAAGAAAGUAAAGCAGUGAUUCCCCCCAUGGGUAAAGCAGUGUCCUUGGAUCCAGUUGAUGGGUCAGAGUCCAACAAUGAUUUGGAGGAUACAGAAGACGAAGCCGACGACCCAGAAGAGGAAGCAGAGGAGGAUGUUGAGGAGCAAGAUGAAGCCGACUAAGUCGAGCAGAAGACUACUGGCCCUCUAGAAUUGGUAGAUGUCAUCUUGAAUUUAGAAAAUAAAUUUCGUUGUCUAGAGGUAUAAGACGUGAGUGCUAUUAGGAAUAUAUAUAUGAUGCAUGCUUUCUUUCUCCCGUGUCCACCAUAGGCAUAGAUCCAAGGAAUCAACCAAAUGAUAUGUAAUUGAUAGUUGCUGGAUGACUUCCUUUUGAGCAAUGGGAACCUUUUCAAAGUAUUGACUUUAAAUAA